UCUGUGACGAUAAAGAAGCUGAUGGGCUGUUGAAAAGUAACACUUCUCCGCAGAGCCAAAGGUUGAGCACUGCUGAAGGGGAGGAGGAGGAGGAGUAGGGGGGGAGACUCGCUCAGCCAAACAUUUAUUUCAUUUUUACAUUUUCUAAAGCCUGCCACCUUGGGAUGUCUGAGGAGGCGGUCCGCCAGACUCGUAGCCAGAAGAGGGCGUUGGAGAGGGACACUACUCCCCUGUCCGCAGAACCCUCCAAUUCUGACAAUGAAAGCAAAAAGCCUAAAUUGGACCCAUCUGAACCUUCAGAACAGGAACAAACUAGUCCUAAACCUGACCCCGUACUGGCAGAGGACAGUCAGAGCCAGGCUGGGUCGGGAUCAGAGAAGGAGCAGGAGCAGACUCGGCCGGCCUUACCUUUAGUGUCACCUUUGGUCUCUGAGCAGGAUGAUCUGAAGCGGAGCCAGACAAAGCAGGUUGAAUGCAGCUCAGACAAUCGGACUGACUGCAAUGACAGAACCAGCAGCGGAGUGAAGACGGAGCAGACUCUGGAUACAAAGAGCCAGGUCCGACUGACAGAGCCCAAGGCGACCGAGGGCAUGCUGGCUGCAGGCGAGGUGAAGGCCACCAUUAAAGUGGAAGUCCAGACGGGAGAGCAGCCUGUGGACAUGAGCACUUCCAGAGGCAGUAUAAAAAGGGAGAAGCGCCCUCCGUCCCCUGACGACGACGAUGUCAUCAUCCUGUCAGAUAAUGACUCGCCCAGUCCGCCGAUGAAUGGCCUGAGCCACUUCAAGGAGCUGGACACAGAUCUGCUCAUGAAAUGCAGCCCAGCGGAGAGGGAGCGCAUCAUUAAGCAGCUGAAGGAGGAGCUGAGACUGGAGGAAGCCAAGCUGGUGCUGUUGAAGAAACUCAGACAGAGCCAGAUACAGAGGGACACUCUCCAGAAGCCCUCAGGUCUGUCUGGCGCCUCUGCUCCUCCUCCUCUAAUCCGCGGCACAAUUGCAGGCAACAAAGGCUCACAGCAGAUUUUGACUGGCAGGAGUUCGGGCACAGUUAUCCCUCCACCACUGGUGCGAGGAGGGCAGCAGGUGUCGUCUAAACAUGGCUCCCAGAUCAUCAUGCCGCCUCUGGUCAGAGGGGCACAGCAGAUCCAGGCUCUCCGCCAGCAACAGCAGCAGCAGCAGUUGGUGGCCUCAGGAGGCGGAAGCUCAGGACCCCCUCCUCUGCUGAUGGGCCCCAGGACCUCAGCCCCUACAGCCCAGGGCCAGAGAGGCAUGAUCCAAUCAGGCCUCAUCAGAGCCUCACCAUCCAGUUUGAAGGGCUCCUCAGGAAGCAGCGGAGUGUCUUCACUGAACGACUCUCCAGCAAGCCGCCAAGCUGCAGCAAAACUUGCCCUGCGGAAACAACUGGAGAAGACCCUCCUGGAGAUUCCACCACCCAAGCCCCCUGCCCCGGAGUUUAACUUCUUGCCCUCAGCAGCCAAUAAUGAAUUCAUCUACCUGGUGGGACUGGAAGAAGUGGUACAGAAUCUGCUGGAUACCAUCCACAGAGGAAAGACAGGUGUAGCACUGUCCAAGUCCAUAGCCAGAGAACCCUUCAUCUGCACCCAGUGUAAUACUGACUUCACCUGCCGGUGGAGGCAGGACAAGACUAAAGUCCUCUGUGAAGACUGCAUGUCAUCCAAUCAGAAAAAGUCUUUGAAAGCUGAGCACACCAACAGGUUGAAAGCUGCGUUUGUCAAAGCGCUGCAACAAGAGCAGGAAAUAGAGCAGCGUAUCCUUCAGCAGACGGCCUCGUCAGUCUCCCACAGUAGCUCUUCGUCUCUGAAGGCAGAGCAGUUGGUGUCUCAGCAGCUGAAGCAGGCUCAUGCCAGAGCGUCUUCCCUCCAGCACCACCACCAGGCCAGCCGAGGAGCCAACAUUGUUCACCAUCACUCCAGCAAGCAGAGCCAGCUGUCCCAUGGCAGUGUCUCAUCACUCGGGGUGAGGGGCGUCCCCCACUCCUUUUCUUCCUCCUCCCAGCUGCAGAGUGCAGUGGCGGCCGCGGCUUUGGUCAGCCGGCCAGGUAAGCACGCCCAUGUUUCCCACCGCUCUGUCCAGAGUUCAAAGGUGAGCAGCAGUGGGAUCGGCGGCGGCAGGAAUGUCAGCGGAGGUAGUGCCUCAUCCACUGCAUGGAAGAAGCAGAGCAGCAGCAACACAGGAGUGACUAUGGCCUACGUCAACCCCAGCCUGACAGGUCACAAGACAUCAGCCACCGUCGACGCUCGCCAGAGGGAGUACCUGCUGGACAUGAUCCCCUCUCGCUCAUCGAUCUCGCAGACAGCAAACACAUGGAAAUAAUUGAAACAAUACUCAACUAUUCAUUAUUAGUUUUUUGUCCAGGUUUCCUCAGCUCCAAUAUUACAGUCAACAGCACCCCCUGGAUGACUGUUAAGAAAAUGCAAUCUGUCAAAGUGAAGAAGCAUUCCUUCCAUACCUUUGUAUGAUUGUUGUUUUAGUUUUCUUCUUUUCUGUUGUUUAUUUUAAGGUUUGCUGUUCUUUGGUAAUUGUGCAGAAACCAUUUUGAUUUGAUUGGGGCAAAAAAAAAAAAUACUUGACUUCCCCUGGGUACUUCUGUCCUCCAGACUGGGUAGUUAAAUGAUGCCGUGAUAAGAGUUUAUGUCUGCAUUGAGUACUUUGGUAAGAAUGAGUACUCUGUUUUUGGGCACAUGUGCCCCUUUUGCCAUGAUGUGGGUCAAACUGACCCAACUUAUUGACACUUGAAUGGUUAUAGUCAUACCCAAGAGUUCACAUUCAACAACGUACACAUUUAUUUUAAGCAGAAACAAGAUAACUGAGUUGUAAAAUGUUCAGUACAUCACCCUUGUAGUUAAAGGUUUGAAUUUAUUUUGUAUUUACAGUAAGUUAUUUUGUUGUUUUUUUUGUUUCUUUUUUCUCUUUUGGACUGAUGUUAAAAAUCACUCUGUAUAUUGUGGUUUCCACAAAUGAAGAGUUUAUUCUAGCUUUGUUUUUGUUUUUUUUUCUGUUUAACAGCAUGCCUACCCUUACCCUCUGUUCAUUUUGCACCUUAGCUAAAGAAGCAUGGUGUUGUCGUUUAAUUCAUCUGUAAUUACCAUCUGUAAUUUGCUCAUUUUAUAUUAAUGUCAACAUUGUAAGAUUAUUUUGAGUAUUAUGUCAUCGCUGAGAAAAUGCAAAAACUCUGACAGAGCUGAUCUCGCCUCCAGUUUGUUCAACAAUAAUCCAUCAAACAUGCAGCAUUUACGGAGCCCUGAAUCAGUUCUUAAAGGAAUGAUCUCCUCAGCCACAAAGACCCUGGAAUGCACAAGACCAACUUUUAUCUUGCACCUCGUCAUCAUAUUGCAUAAUUUCUCUGCAACCUGAUCUUAACUGCAUUGUACAAACUUAUGUUCAAAUUUAUUUGGUUUACUUUUUUCCUAGCUCCUAAAGAAAUAAUAAAAAUAUACAUUUUAAA